AUGGAUCGCGAGAUGCGUCGCGACGAUCCCGCCGGCCCGUCGGCCCCGCCCCCGGACCUCCGCGACCUCCUCAGCCGCCGCCAUCGCGCGACCGCACCCGCGGGUUUCCGGCCGCACGCGCUGGACCAGCGCCUGCUCGGCGCCGGGGGCGCGAUCCCGGAAUCGCUCCCGCUCUCCUUCGUCCUCGUCCUCGCCCCGGGCGGGUUCGCCAUUCAGAAACCCCCCGCGAGCACCGAGGAGAUGACCGGCCCCGCGCCGAGCCUGAAAGACGCGCUGGAGGCCGCGGGCACCAUGCUCCAUCCCUACGAUCGAUCCUCCCGAUCGCUUCUCCAGGCGGUUGACGCCGGGCGCAUGCCCUCGGGCCUCCUCGACGGCAUCCCGCUCAAGUACGUCGACGGCGCCGCGCUGUGCGAGGUGCGCGAUUAUAGGGGUAGAAGCGAACUCCGUCUCGCGGCCGCGUGCAGGCGCUACGUCGCGGUGCUGCACCCCACCGCCGCCACCGUCGCCGCAGACGCCGAGGAGCUCUGCGCGCAGCUCGACGUCGUCGCGCCGGUCACCGGGCGCGGGUACUGGGCCAGACUGGCCGGCGUGGACGACGUGUUCGGGGCGAGGAGCGACGCGCGGGAUGGAUCCGCGGCGGUUCAGCAUCCGUCCCUCCCGGGCACGCCGGCGGGGGGGGCGAAGAGGAAGGCGGCGGGGGCGGCGGCGGGAUCGGGGUCGGGGUCGGGGGAGAAGUCGAGGCGCGAGCGCGAGGCGGACGCGGCGGCGCGCGCGGCGGCACAGCUGUGCAGGAGGCUCGCGGUCGAGGGCGCGCUCCUCACGGCGACGUCCGCGCCGCUGUGCCUGGACCCGGAUCCCGCGGUGGCGGCGUCGAGGCGGUCAAUGACGGCGGCGUACGCGGCGCCCGCUCGAGCGGCGGCGGCGGCGACGCUGUGCUGGUCCCGGCGAACCCGCCCGCCGUACCGCGUCCCAGCGGGUGCGGACGAGCCCCCGAUAGCGGCGGCGGCGGCGAGGGAGUGGCGGAAAAGGCGGAGGUGGCUCGCGGAGCCGGCGGAGCUGCAGCCGUCCCUCGGGCCCGAUUCGGGGUUUGAGUGGUACGAGCGAGGCGUCGGGCGCGGGGACGCGCGCGAGUGGGCCGAGCGGGCCCAGGGUGCCGAGGGUGCCGAGGGUGCCGAGGGUGCCGACACCAACAGCGGCGGCGGGGCCCGGUGGGCGUGCUACGGCGACGUCGAGGAAUCGCCGCUCGCGGAUCCGCUGAGGGGGCGGACGCUGUGGGGCGCGCCAGAGGCGGCGGCGAUGCCUCCGCCCGCGAGGCCCAUCGCCGCCGCCGCCGCGAGGUGGCACGUCGAGGACCAGCCCCGGGCGGACCGUACCGACGACGACGACCGCGGCGGCGCCGCCGGGGGUGACGCGCCGCCGAGGCCGCACGUGCGACCCGGGUGGUCGUGCGCGGGUACCGUGCCCGCGGCGAUGAUCGCGGCGGCGGCGGCGGAGGCGAGCGCGAUGAAUCGUCGGGACGAGGAGGACGGAGGCGCCGGCGCGGGUUCGACGGGGGUGACUAGGGUGCCGACACAUCCGGCGACGCCCGCCGCCGUCGUCGUCAAGACCGAGGUCGAGAGCGAGGUUGACGUCGAGCGGGAGGGGACCUACCCGGCGGCCGGGGGUCCGAGCUCGCCCUCAAACCUCGCGGAUGUUCUGGAACGAGAACGGGUCGGCGGCGAGGAGGACCCCGACGGCUACGACGACCGCGACGAGCCCGGCGUGGACCCAAGCCUGGACGGCGGUCACCUGCGUUUGCGCGCGGACAAGCGGGCGAUCGGGUGGAGGGUCGUCGCCGACCCCGGGUCCAUCGCGGCGCGCGCGCUGGAGAGCCGCAAGCGCAGGCGCGACGCGGCGGCGGCUGAUGUAAAUGGCGUCGCCGGCGGAACCGGUGUUCAACCGGUGAGGUUUAAGAAGGGUCCCGGCGCGGCGCUGGACGCGUCCGCCGCGCCGGCGUCGCUCGCGCUCGUGGACACCAAGCAAACCGUGCUGCUGCAGCACUACGACCCGGAGUGGGCCGCCAACCUCGACCCCAAGGUUAAGGAAUCGAUUCGACCGCUCCGGUACGUCGGGUGCGCCAUUCGAGAUCCGCACGAGAAAGCACCGGAGAGCGAGAGCGCCUACGGCGUCGACGUGAAGCAAGCGGCGGUGACGGACCCGCAAACAAACAACGGGCCGAACGGUAACGUCGAUCUGCAUUUUAGGAUGGACGUCGGCCCCGGGUCGGUCACGCAGGCGCUCAAGGACGCCGCGCCGGCGUCGGAGGAGGAACCGGUGAUUUUUGAGUUGCCGCCGUUUACGAGCAAGGACCACGCCGGGCGGUUCGUCCUCGCGUUUCACAAGCAGGCGACGAAAGAGGGUCUGGUGCACUUCCGCCCGCCCGGAGGGAGCAUGGCUGUGCCCACGCUGGGCACGGUGGGGAACGCGAUCGACCCGUCCAAGCCGCCGAGCAGGCCCGGGUCGGCGCCGCCGCAGACGCAACCACCGACUCAGGCAGGCUCACAGCAGCAGCAGCAGCAGCAGCGGGUGCUGCAGCAGCAGAGGAGCCUGGACCAGGCGCGGGCGCAAGCCAGGGAGAUGCUGAUCCACCAGGGAGGGAUGUCGAACAGCUAGAACACGUGUUUAUUGAAACCGAGCAACGCCAAACUGACUACGAGCGCUUCUUCAGAGAGAGCCGGAAUAAAUCCGUAAUCGCCUCCUCCUGAAACUUGACCUCGUUGCGGAACUCCUUCUCGCCCUCCGCGUGUAUCUUGGCGAGCUCGUCCACGUUCAUCAGCACCCGCCGCCGCACCAUCACCGGCUUCUUACUCGCAAUCUCUCUCUCCAGGUCGUCCAUCCGCACCUCGUUACCCCGCAUCACGCUCCUGGCCAUCUCGAGCUUGGUCUCGCGGAGGGAAUUUUUCCUCCACGCGUCGAGAGCGUCCUUGUACGCGGUCCAGUCCUUGCCGCGCUGCCGCCGGCGCUGCUUCAAAAAUUUCUUGACGAGCCGCGCCUUGAUGUCCACCGGCACGAGCUGCCGCGCGUCCACCUCGUCGUAUUGGCGAACGUUCUCCAUCCUGAACCCCUGGACGCACGCCCUGCGCCGGCGAACAAAGUCGACCCCUUCCCCUUUGCCCUUCUUCUGCUCCGCCGCCACCGCCCUCGACGUGUGAAGGUACCGCUCGUAAAAGGUCCAGUGCACGACGAACGAGUCCACCUGGUCGGGCAUGACCCGAAACGCGCUGCGGUACGCCGUCUGGAUCGUCGCGCACGCGCGCCUGAGCUGGUGUAAACGCCGCACGAUUUCGUUUCCUUUCCCGACGUCUUCCAGAAACGCCCGGAUGUUCUCCGCCGCCUCCCGCCGCCGCCGCCUGUGAUACCACAUCCAGAGCCUAUCCCGGAUGAACAGAGCCGCGCGGAUCCGUUCGCGCACCGCCACGCGGGACACGCACCCGCGCCACCACCG